AUGGGUGCCUCUCGUGGUCUUCGAAGCGGUACUCGCUAUGCCUUCUCUCGAGAUUUCAGAAAGAAGGGUUCGAUUAACCUCUCAACAUACCUCCAGCAAUACAAGGUUGGAGAUAUCGUUGACAUCAAAGUAAACGGUGCUGUCCAGAAGGGUAUGCCAUACAAGGUCUACCACGGCAAAACUGGUGUAAUCUACAACGUUGCCAAGUCGGCCGUCGGUGUCAUUAUCUACAAGAAAGUCGGAAACCGAUACCUCGAGAAGCGAGUCAACGUCAGAGUCGAGCACAUUUCACGAUCGCGGUCCCGAGAAGAAUUCUUGACUCGAGUAAAGGACAACGCCCAGAAGCGAAGAGAGGCCAAGGAGAAGGGUGAGAGCGUGCAGUUGAAGAGACAGCCGGUGAUGCCGAGGGCAGCUCAUGAGAUUAAGAUGGCUGGUGUUGAGUCGCUGGCACCUGUCGCAUAUGACACUCAAAUCUAA